AUGGCGAAUGUUGUACAGGUGCACUCGAGGUUGAAACAGGAGUUAGAGGAGCUAGUGUCGCCGCUGAUGGAAAGUCUCCAGAAAAUUCAGCUUUUGAGGCACUCAGCAGACUCGUUGUUUGGUACUUUGAGUGAAGGGAGUUUGGUGAAAGAAGGGGAACAGGUCAACCAGGAAAAAUUCAUUGCGACGGUACAAGAGAAGCUGGACUCAUUGGGUGAAAACUUCACUGCUCUUCUCAACAAAGUUCAAAAGAUUCCAAAGGACAGAUUUCCAACGGCUGUACAACCCUUAGGCCCGCUGGGGGCAUUGAUGUUGGACGAUAGUGAAGCCACAAACAAGAUGGCUCUCGAGUAUGCGCCAGUAUUUCAGCAGUUCAACGCGUUCAAAGAUUUCCAUAGACUCCUGGAAACAUACACGAAACUGAAUUCCCGAAAACGGUCGACGACGAAUCGCGUUCUUCAGCCUGGCGGGGGGAUGAAACGCACUCGCCCACCGCGGGUGGUGAUCGAAAACCCCCAAGCCUUCAAGCAACAUCUCGCCCAGCUUCUUCACAUUCCGAAUAUAGGCCAGGAUCUCAAAAUCCAAGUGCGCGAAAUGUUCGGCAACACACGCCUCAUGUCAAUCACAGUUCGCCGAACGCUCAACUGCCACAUCAUCUUGCGCCACAUUCAUAUUGAGCGCGUCAUCAUCAAGGGCAUCUACGAGGACGAGAGCAUCGAUGAAGUUGACGUCACCGUCGAGACAGCCCUCGACACCAUGAAACUCAUAGACCAACACGCUCAGGCGUCCUUGAUCUUCUAUUCCUUCAGUUCACUUACCGACGAAGAAUCAUUUCGCAAGUUCCUGCUUUGGCUCAAGUCUUACAAAACGUUGUUUCACGCGAAUUGUAUGCGCUGUCGACGUCAUCUUGUGGAAGGCUAUCCGCCGACUUGGAGAGACUUUGUCACUUUUCAUCCGUAUCACUUCGGCUGUCGCUCCGGCUAG